AUGGGUCAAGAAACUUCAUCACUGACAGAACCACAUGUUAUCCAUGAAGGCCCUCCAAAAAUAGUAGUGGCAUAUUUAGAAAAUUUCAAUGAGGCAGGCAUCAUAGUUAAUUCCACUGACAAGAGCCUUCAACUUUCUUAUGGUGGUCAAAUAUCAAAAACAAUACUAAACAUUGCUGGACAAGGUAUACAAACUGAAAUUAAUGCAAAAUAUCCCAAUGGAAUCAAACCUGGUGAUGUUGCUGUCACUGAUGGAUACAAUCUACCAUAUAAAUAUGUCUUUCAUUGCAGCUUGCAAGGCAUAAAUCAGAGAGUUUCUCAUCAUGAAAUACGAGAAGUUGUUAAUGAAUGUCUUCAGACAGCAGUGAAAACAAACAAGAAUGCAACAAUUGCAUUCCCAUGCAUUGGAACUGGUGCUAUGAACUUUCCCCCAAGAAUUCUCAAAACAAUUUACUGCACUGUGUUAGAAUUCAUGCUAGGAAACAGUUCUUUGAAUCAGGCAUAUAUCCUUAUUCAUCCUUCAAAAACAGAUCUGAGAGAAUAUGCAAAAAAGAUUGAUCAUGAAGAAGAAAGAAAAAGAUUGACGUAUAAAGUGAAAUUUCCAAAAUGGUCACAAACAGAAAAGAUUCAAAGGGUCAAGUUAUCAGAAGAAGAUGAAGAUUAUAUAAUGGUCAAGGAAAAGUUUCAUUGUUCUAUAAAUAAUGCAAACAUCAAAAAGAUUGAAAGGAUUGAGAAUAAAAGACUUUUUGUAGCUUAUGAACGCUACAAGAACAACAUACAAAAUGGUAAAACCACAGAAAGAAAGUUGUGGCAUGGCACAAGUCAUGAAUGUAUUGAUAGUAUCAUUCGAUAUGGAUUUGACUGGAGGCUGGCUCAACGAAAAGUUUAUGGACAAGGUUGCUAUUUUGCUGUAAAUGCAAAUUAUUCUAACCAGGAUACAUAUGCAGCUCCAAACAGAAAUGGUGAAAAGUGUAUGUUUCUUGCCUUUGUUGUUGCUGGUACAGCUUGUUCUGGAAACCCUAACUUUACUGAGUUCAAUAUACCCAAUGACAUUCAAUCAACUACAAACAAUGAGAAGUCACCCACCAUAUUUGUUACAUACAAUGAUGACCAAAUGUAUCCAGCUUUUGUUGUUGUAUAUGAACGUGAACAAACCAACAGUAAUUGCAUCAUACUGUAA